AUGCAACUCUCCGCAGCCAACCUCGCAGCCCUCAACCGCCUCAACCAACCCCAACCCAACAUGACAAGCAUCCUCGUCAUCGGCGCAGGCGAACUCGGCCUCAGCGUCCUCUCAGCCCUCGCCGCCCACCCCAAGCGACAACACGUCAAAGUAUCCGCGCUCGUCAGACAAGCAACCCUCGAUUCUGCAGCGCCCGCCAAAAAACGAACCAUCCAAAAGAUCAAGAGCCUAAACGUGCAUCUCGAAUCCGCAGACGUGGUCCUAGCCAGCGUAGAAGAGCUAGCCGGCAUUUUCACCAACUACCACACUGUGGUGUCAUGUUCGGGGAUGGAGUUGCCGCGCGGGACGCAGAUGAAGAUUGCGGAGGCGGUUUUGCAAGGGAACGUGAGGCGGUAUUUUCCGUGGCAGUACGGCAUGCGGUAUGAUGUUAUUGGGGAGGGGAGCUCGCAGGAUUUAUUUGACGAGCAGCUUGAUGUGCGGAGGCUGUUGAGGGGCCAGAGUGAGACGGAGUGGGUGAUUGUGUCGACGGGGUUGUUUAUGAGUUUUUUGUUUGUGCCGGAGUUUGGGGUCGUUGAUUUGGGGAAGAGGGUUGUUAGGGCGCUGGGAAGUUGGGAUAAUAGGAUUACGGUGACGACACCGCUGGAUAUAGGGAGGGUUACGGCAGAUGUUAUUCUUGAUCCGAGGGGAAUUAGGAAUGAGGUUGUUCUUACGGCGGGGGAUACGAUAUCAUAUGGUGAGCUGGCGGAUUUGCUGGAAUCGCAUUUUGGAACGAAGUUUACGAGGGAACUUUGGGAUUUGGACACGCUGAGGAGGCAGAUGGAUGAGGAUCCGACGGUUAUGGUCAAGUAUAGGGAUACGUUUGCGCAGGGGAGGGGAGUCGCGUGGGAGAAGGGGGAGACGGUGAAUGCUCAGAGGGGAAUGGAGUUGGUGGAUGUGAAGGGGUAUUUGGAGCGGAUGAAGUUUCAGCUUGGUGAGCCGUGA